CGCCUGCGCGCCGCCAUCUUGCUCAAGCAGGGCCCGCCCCCUCCCCGCCCGCAGCGCCCUGGCUUCGCGGCGCGGCCCCGCGGUCCAGAGGGGCGGGGCCAGGUAUGGCUACCGCGGGAGCCGGCAUGCUCGGCGCGCGGGCUUCUGUCCCGCGACCUCAGCCGGGCGGGGCCCCGGGCCGCGCGGCGGGAGCUGCUGGGGUGCCCACCGGGGCGAGAAGCAGCGGAGUUCCGCGGCCUGGCGAGCGGGCCCCGGGGGCUGUGGAGAAGCGGGGGCCGUACAUGGUGACGCGUGCGCCUUCCGCUCAGGCCAAGCCGCAGAAGCACCGAGACCUGGCCAAGGCGGUUCUGCGGAGAAAGCGCGUGCUGGGGGCCUCGCCCAGCCGCCCCGACUCUCCAGGGAAAAGGUCAGUGAAGUUUAACAAAGGCUAUACUGCUCUUAGUCAGAGUCCAGAUGAAAACCUGGUGUCGCUCGACUCUGACAGUGAUGAGGAGCUGGAAACCAGAUAUUCCUCCGGGUAUUCCUCUGCAGAGGUGAACCAGGAUGUGAAUCGGCAGCUGCUCCAGGAUGGGUAUCGCCUGGAUGAGAUUCCAGAUGACGAGGACUUGGACCUCAUUCCCCCCAAGCCUGUGGCCUCCUCAGCAUGCUCCGGCUCCUGGUGCUGUCUUGGGGACUCUUCCUCCUGCACCCUCCAGUAGGCAUGACUCCCUAAGAUGGGCCCUGCUCACCGUGCUUGCAGAGCCCUGUUGGCCCUUCAUAGGUCACACAGUGCAGCGGGGAUUGCUGCCAGCCCAAGUCAUGGAAGGCACUGGUGCUUGGGAAGGUCACUGAUCGGCAGUCCCCCCUUAUUUGGUGCUUCUCAGGCCAGAGGCCCCAUCUAGGCCAUAGGGCAACAGGUGGAAUUCUGCAGUUUCCACUUUAAUAAGGACAAGAACAGAGGAAUUCUGGUUCUUAUGAGUGGCAGAGGUGGCUCAGAAAAACUUGGCGACAUCUUGACUGGUAUUUGUCAUAAUCUGUGGGGUGAGAGAGCUUGUGUGUCAAGGCUGUGCUGAAUGGUGUAUGGAGGCAGAAAAUAGCACUUUAUAGCUUGCGGUGGGAAUCUUUGAAAAAUAAUUUAACCAUGUGGGGCCAGUUCAAGAAAUUCCAUGUGCUCUCCUCUUCUUCGUUGCUCCAUGGUGGCUUACAUGUUCGACCUUCAAGAAAGCAUAAAGUAAAGCCCUUUGGCCCUCUU